UUCCUUUGUUGCUGGGAAGUGUUGUUUUUCUCUCGUCCUGUAUAUUCCACAGACAGUCUGGAUGUUGCGGAGACUACAGCUGUUUGCUGCCUCAAAUACUUGGCGAUGAGCAGCAAGUAUGAGUUCUUCGUUCCGCAAAGGUGGUGGCGGCAGCGCGGCUCAGAGGAAUUACAAAUAUCGAAGACUCUCAAGCACUGAGAAAGGGUCUGGCAUCUACUACAGCUCCUGUGAUGAAGAUGAAGAAAUAUUUUUCUCUCAAGGUACAGAAGUGAUAAAGCUUAAUGGCCGAAGCAGCAGUAUUUCUAAAGACCACAGCAGUGACACAUCACUCAAAUAUGCACCUGAGUAUGAACAGGUUGUAGACCGACCAAUCAAACAUGGGGAGACUCUGACUGGAUUGGCCCUCAAGUACAGGAUUCCUGUAGCAGAGUUGAAGAGAAUCAACAAAAUUAUCCAAGAAAAGGAGUUCUAUGCCUUGAAGUCAUUAAAAAUACCAAUUAAGGCCAAUUCUAUACUUGCUGAAGUGCUGCAUCAAGAACAGUGUCAGGAUGAGCCUGCAUCAGCUAAUGUGGCCAGCACAAGAGCAGCAGUGCUGGGGACUAGAAGUGUCAGCAGCUGCAGCGAGUAUGAAAGCGAUUCUGAGAUGCAUGUUGGUUACAUAAGUAUUGACCGUAUUUUGAGAGACAAACGAACCAAGAAGGAAGCAAAGAAAUUUCUAGAUUCAAUGCAGAAGGAUUUAGCAGAUAUUCGUGAAAAAACCAACUCUUAUAAGAACUCUCUUGAUGAAGUAGCUGCAGUACUGACAGACCAACGUUUUCAGCCACUGGAUCAGCAAGAGGGUGGAUGCUCAGGAGCUGAUUGGGGGAUUUCAUGGUGGAGAAUAUUAUUAGUUGGAGCUUUACUUCUUGUUGGUAUUCCUUUCUUGGUAUAUGUUUAUUUAAAUUUCCCAAAGAAGUAGUGGUUAUAUUUAUAAACAAUUGUAGUGUGUAGUAACAUUCCUACUAGUUUGAAAUUCUUGAGAUUGGAAUUGUCUACAGAAAAAAAAAAUGUAUAUUUGUUGUAUAAAUCAUAUUGUUCCUGAAGUGAUACUAUAAAACAAAAG